AGACAUCUUUUCACCAUGUCCUCUCUCGAGAAAGGCCAGAAUGUCUCGGAUCCAGACGUUUCAACCAAGGAACACGCGCCAAACGUCGAGCAUUCACCAGAGCGGCGUGCUCUUGAGCGAAAACUUUUGUGGAAGAUCGAUGCGCGAAUGAGUAUCCUUAUUGUUAUCUACAUCCUCAACUACAUCGACAGAAACAAUGCGGCUGCCGCUCGCAACCGUGGCUUUUCUGCCGAUCUCCAUCUCAAGGGACAAGAGUUUCCAACACUGUUGAGCAUCCUCUAUGUCGGUUAUAUCCUGAUGCAAGUCCCGAGCAAUAUGCUGCUUAACUAUAUGGGUCGCCCCUCGCUCUACCUACCCGGGGCUAUGAUUAUCUGGGGAGUAAUUUCCUGUCUCACCGGAAUCACCAACGACUUCACUGGCGCUCUUCUCACUCGGUUCUUCCUCGGAUUUGUCGAAGCCGCAUUCUUCCCUGGAGCGCUCUUCCUUCUCUCCAAAUGGUACACCCGCCGCGAGAUCGGACUGCGCACGGCAUUGCUUUAUUGUGGCAACAUUAUAAGUAAUGCGUUUGGCUCGCUGAUGGCCUCCGGGAUCCUGGCUGGCAUGGGGGGCAAGCUCGGCCAUGCUGCGUGGAGGCAAAUGGCUAUUCUACAUUGGUAUUAUUAUCAGCUUCAAACGCAUGCAAUUAUUCUAACAUUGAACCAUGAAGAGGGCUCCCUAACCGUCUUCAUCGCUAUCAUCGCCAUAUUCGUUCUUCCCGACUUCCCGACGACAUCGAAGUGGUUGUCGCCAGAGGAGCGAGAGUUGGCGCUGCUGCGACUGGAGGAAGACGUCGGUGUCGGUGAUCAAGCGGAGACAGAAACCGGGGGUCCGUUCCAUGGACUGGUAUUGGCCGUAACCGACUGGAAAGUUUGGUGGUUUGCUUUCGCACUAACCGCUCAAGUGGUGGCAUUGUCGUUCAACGCGUUCUUCCCCACGUUGACCCAGACCCUUGGAUAUAGUCCCACCGUAACUUUACUACUCUGUGCUCCGCCUUUUGCAGUUGCAGCAGUUGCAGCAUUCGCGUUGGCACGGCAUUCGGACAAGGUUGGUGAAAGAUGCUUCCAUAUGAUCGCGUCGUUUGCCCUUGGCCUUGUUGGCUUCAUCAUCGCGAUAUCAACUAUGAACACUGCAGCGCGUUACAUCUCACUCUUCCUGAUGGCGCAAUCAUACGCAGGCUUUGUCGUGAUGUACACUUGGAUGUCCAAUUCUUUUCCCCGCCCGCCGAGUAAACGUGCGGUGGCGCUUGCUCUGAUGAACGCGUUCAGUCAACUAGGAAACAUCUCUGGUAUGGUUGAACAUGAACUCGGCGAAUUGGGUGCUAAUUUCUUCACUAGGAUCAUACGUGUGGCCGAGUGGUCAGCCGCUUGGGGGUCGAUUGCUGAUAGGUUUCCUAGCACGACGAUUAUUAUGUGCCUGUUGUUCAGAGUAUUCUUGCAGAUGGAGAACAAGAAGCUUGAGAAAGAGGAGCAGGAGCGGGGAAUAACGACUCCUGGCUUCCGAUAUGUGUUGUAG